AUGGCAACAUCUUCAGGUGCAAGAAAAUACUCAUCCUCCGUCGGAGGAGGCGGUGAUCGUCCGCCGCAGCCGGUGAAAUUUGCACGGCGGACGUCUAGCGGACGUGUCGUGAGCCUGUCCCGGGACGAAGAAUUGGAUUUACCGGAAGAAUACGCUGCGCAAAAUGAUUACAUUAAUUACACCGUUCUUAUGCCACCAACUCCAGAUAAUCAGCCUGGAGCUACAUCAGCCACUAAUGUCGCUGGCGACAAGCCAGAUGGGCCGACCCCGUACCGUGCGCCGUCGUCCAGGUUUCGUUCCGAGUCGCAACGCAUCAGGAUGGGCAGUCAUGGAGGUGAUGAGGACAGUGGCAGUGGUGAUACGGCCAGAAAGCUCGACCGGAGAAUGUCGGUGAUGAAAUCGGAUAAUAAAUCGAUGUUGUUAAGGAGCCAGACACAAGAUUUCGAUCAUAAUCGUUUCCUGUUUGAAACGAAAGGAAAAUAUGGGAUUGGAAAUGCAUUUUGGCAACAGGAUGAGGAUUCAUAUGAUCGUGAUACUGGAAUGAGCAUGCAAGAUUUCAUGGACAAACCCUGGAAGCCACUCACAAGGAAGAUUAAAACUCCUCCUGAAAUUCUUAGCCCUUACAGAUUACUCAUCAUGUUGCGUAUGAUAGUAUUGGUUUUCUUCCUUGUAUGGAGGAUAAAAAACCCUAACCAUGAUGCAAUGGUGCUUUGGGGAUUAUCUGUUACAUGUGAAAUAUGGUUUGCAUUUUCAUGGCUUCUUGAUAUUCUUCCGAAGUUCAAUCCAAUAAACCGAAUGGCAGACUUGGCUGCACUCAAGGAUAAAUUUGAAUCUCCGUCUCCCACGAACCCCAAUGGCCGGUCCGAUCUUCCGGGUAUGGAUAUAUUCAUAUCUACCGCUGACCCGGAAAAGGAACCACCUUUGGUUACUGCUAACACAAUUCUGUCCAUUCUUGCUGUUGAGUAUCCGGUCGAGAAGGUAGCGAUCUAUAUCUCAGAUGAUGGUGGUGCAAUUCUUACAUUUGAGGCCAUGGCGGAGGCUGUUAAAUUUGGUGAGGUAUGGGUGCCAUUCUGUCGAAAGCACAACAUCGAACCGAGGAAUCCUGACAGUUACUUUAGCCAGAAGACAGAUCCAACAAAAAACAAGAAACGACCAGAUUUUGUGAAGGAUCGUCGGUGGAUUAAGAGGGAGUACGAUGAAUUCAAGGUCAGGAUCAAUGGCCUGUCAGAAGUAAUACGAAAACGAUGUGACAUGUACAACAAAAAUGAGGAAAUGAGGGAAAAGAAGCUCAUUAAGGAGAAGAACAAUGGCGUGCUGCCCUCGGAUCAGAAGAUCGAGGUCACAAAGGCCACAUGGAUGGCAGAUGGGACGCAUUGGCCAGGAACGUGGUUCAAGUCCUGUGCUGAUCACGCAAAGGGAGAUCACGCUGGAAUUUUGCAGAUCAUGAGCAAUGUGCCAGAAAGUGAUCCUGUAAUGGGUGGUCCUGAUGAAGGGAAGUUGGACUUCACAGGUAUAGAUACCCGUCUUCCUAUGUUUGCAUAUGUGUCGCGUGAGAAACGUCCUGGUUAUGAUCAUAACAAGAAGGCAGGAGCCAUGAACGCUCUAGUGAGAGCAUCUGCCAUAAUAUCCAAUGCACCAUUCAUUUUGAACUUGGAUUGUGAUCACUACAUCUACAAUUCUAUGGCUAUACGAGAGGGAAUGUGCUAUAUGAUGGACCGAGGUGGUGAUCGUAUCUGCUACUUACAGUUCCCACAAAGAUUCGAAGGAAUUGAUCCAUCGGACAGAUAUGCCAACCAUAACACAGUCUUUUUCGAUGGAAAUAUGCGAGCCUUGGACGGUCUCCAAGGGCCAGUGUAUGUCGGAACAGGAUGCAUGUUCAGGCGGUAUGCAUUGUACGGGUUUCUACCACCCCGAUCAAAUGAGUAUUCUGGAGUUUUUGGACAAAAUAAGGCUCCUGCUAAGAACAUCCAGCCUCGAUCUGACGAAGAGGAGCCCCUGACAGGGCAUCCCGACUUGAACCUGCCGAAGAAGUUUGGGAAUUCAACAAUGUUCACCGAGUCCAUAUCAGUUGCUGAGUUUCAAGGGCGCCCACUUGCUGAUCACAUCUCUGUUAAGAAUGGUAGGCCUCCAGGUUCAUUACUCACGCCACGUCCUCCGUUAGACGCACCCACUGCGGCAGAGGCAAUUGCUGUCAUAUCUUGCUGGUACGAGGAUAAGACGGAGUGGGGAGACAGAAUAGGAUGGAUUUAUGGAUCAGUGACUGAGGAUGUGGUUACUGGUUAUCGUAUGCACAACCGUGGAUGGAGGUCUGUUUAUUGCAUCACAAAACGUGAUGCUUUUCGAGGAACUGCUCCCAUUAAUCUCACUGACCGUCUCCACCAGGUCCUUCGAUGGGCCACUGGAUCAGUGGAGAUCUUCUUCUCUCGAAAUAAUGCACUUCUAGCAACCCGACGCCUCAAGUUUUUGCAGCGGAUAGCCUACCUCAAUGUCGGUAUAUAUCCAUUUACAUCCUUCUUCUUAGUGAUCUACUGCUUCCUCCCUGCUCUAUCCCUCUUCACGGGACAGUUCAUUGUGCAAUCUUUGAAUAUCGCGUUCCUUUGCUAUCUCCUGAUAAUCACUGUUGUGCUCACUCUAAUUUCACUCCUCGAAGUGAAGUGGUCCGGUAUAGCCCUCGAGGAAUGGUGGCGUAACGAGCAGUUUUGGGUCAUUGGUGGCUCUAGUGCCCACCUUGCUGCUGUCAUCCAGGGUCUCCUCAAGGUCAUAGCCGGAAUUGAAAUCUCAUUCACGUUGACAUCAAAAUCAGCUAAUGAAGACGAAGAUGAUAUCUAUGCUGAUCUCUACAUUGUCAAAUGGACAAGUCUUUUCAUAAUGCCAUUAACUAUCGUCAUUGUCAACCUCGUUGCCCUCGUGAUGGGGUUUUCAAGAACUGUUUAUAGUGUGAUUCCCCAAUGGAGUAAGCUUUUCGGAGGGGCUUUCUUCAGCUUUUGGGUGUUGGCUCAUAUGUAUCCAUUCUGCAAGGGACUAAUGGGAAGGAGAGGGAAAGUGCCUACCAUUAUAUACGUUUGGGCCGGACUUAUUUCCAUUACGGUCUCGUUGCUCUGGAUCACGAUUAGCCCGCCUCAGGGAAGUGAUGCUACUGCAAGUGGUGGUGAGCUCAAGGUAUAA